CCUCUGACGUCACCAGCACCAGAAAAAACCAAAGGGACUGAGAGGAGGUAGAACAGGGGAGAGAGAAAGAGUGAUUGGGAGAAAAAAAAAAAAUCUGGAGGAGUUGAGUACUUUAAAGGACAAAUGUAAGUCGUGGACGGCUGUAGAGUUAUACGUUUUUUUUUCUUUUUUAACCUUUUAGUUUAUUUAGAAGUUUGUAGCAGCAACCGCCUCGUUGGCCUCCUAACCACCCCGAAGCACUCACUCCAGCACCCGAGAGAGAUAAAAGAACAGAAGAAAAGAUGGUGUCGUGGAUGAUCUCCAGAGCAAUAGUGCUACUUUUUGGAACCUUAUACCCUGCAUACUCUUCCUACAAAGCUGUGAAAACAAAGAAUGUUAAAGAAUAUGUUCGCUGGAUGAUGUAUUGGAUUGUCUUCGCUCUCUACACCGUACUUGAAACAAUCACAGACCUCACAGUAUCUUGGUUUCCACUCUACUACGAGCUGAAGAUUGCAUUUGUAAUUUGGCUGUUGUCUCCGUACACCAGAGGAGCCAGCCUUCUCUAUAGGAAAUUCCUGCAUCCUCUUCUUUCUUCCAGAGAAAGGGAGAUUGAUGACUACAUUGUUCAGGCCAGAGAACGUAGUUAUGAGACCAUGGUAAAGUUCGGCAAGCAGGGAUUAAAUAUAGCAGCAACAGCAGCUGUUACUGCAGCUGUUAAGGGCCAGGGUGCUCUUACAGAUCGCCUGCGAAGCUUCAGUAUGCAUGAUUUGACAGCCAUACAGGGGGAUGAACCAAUGCAGCGGCCUUUCCCAGGCUUACCUGAACCCAGAAAGAAAACCAAAAUCUCAAACUUCGAGGCUUCUGACUAUGACUACAGGUUCAACCAGGACACUGGAGAGGAAAUAAGUGAUGAAGAGAUUGAAGGGGCUUGCUCGGAGGAUGAAGCAUUGGCACAGAGAGGUGUCCGGAGAUCCCAGAGUGUAAAAAUGACAAGAUUAAGAGCUCGCAAAGAUAUACGGUAUGGAUCUCUGAAGAUAAAAAAAGGAAAAAGACCCGUCUUGAAUUCAGUGAAUUAUGAACAAUAAAAUUUGCUCUACCUUUUCCUGGACCUCACUACUGAUUUAAGCACACAUUUGUUUGGAGAAGUCCUUUUUUAAAUUUUUUUUUUUUUUUGGUGGAGGGUCAGUUGCUGCACUAAUUGCUUUUUAGUUUAAAGAAUUAAAUGUUUCAAAGUGUAUCAUGACAUUUUCUCAGAGUAUGCAAGUGAAAUGCUGAAUCAUGAUAUCAUGUAGGUACUGUGUUUUUAUUUUAUUUUUAUUUUGUAAGCUACACUGUUAAUCUGUGUGUGUUUGUACUUGGUAUGAAUUUUGUUUACAGAUAAUUUGUUUAACUUUAUGGCCUUUGUUUUAUAUAUUUGUACAGGACUGCCUUGUUUUCCAGUAUUUGCAUUUUAAACAAUACAUUCUUUUGUAUAUACACAGUCUCCUUCAUUGCUGCCUACAGAGAGCCUUCUUGGAACUUUGUAGUGUCUUGCAGUAUUGUCAGGGGAAUGUUUUUAUGCAUAUUUAACAAUUAUUUUGGGAUCUUACAAAGCCAUUCAGAUUGUGUGACGCAAGGCAGGUCAUUGGCUUGGCUCCGCACAGCAAGCACCCUCAAUAUUGACCCUCGGCUUGCUAGUGAAUCUGUUCAUUUCAAAGCUUCUGCAUACCAAAUCCAAGCCUGGUUUUCCACUAUGAAUAUGUAUGUAUGUUUGCCCUAGGAGGGAGACUGGAUUGUGAAGUUACUGUUCAGUUCAGUUGCAUGAUUCAUUCUAGGUUGAGGCAAGGCCUUGCUUUUCUCCCCACUCUUAUACCUAAUCAUGUUGCAAGUGUCAUCUCAAUGUGGAAUGUAUAAAGGAUGUGUAAAACUAUACAUGCUCCUUGCAGUACUGUGCCCACCCCAAGAUGUUUUGAGGUAACUUAAUUGUAAUUGUAAUACAGCUAAUUGUAAAACAAAAUUGUAAUACAGCUAAUUGUAAAACAAAAUCUGCUGGCUUUCCUACAAAAUGUGUAUUUGAGUACCAGUGUGAUAUUUUUUUUUUAAAUAAUAAAGUUAGUAAAUUGUAUUGCACAAAUUAUAACUUUAAUAUAAGGCAAUAGGCUUUAAGUUAUGAUUUUAUUUUAAAAAGCUUAAUUAGAACUGCAUACUGAUGGUUGUAUUUUAUAAUCUUAACCAUUAGACAGAGCAAAUCUUGGCACCUUGCAGUAUGGAACAGGCAGUGAAUACUAAUAUACCAUUAACAGGUUUAUUCUGGUUUCAAUCUAGAAUUAAAACUUGCACCUAGAAAGUCUAAAUAACUAGCCAAUCCCUGUAAUGUACUCUUCUCCUCUGAGAACAAUUUUAAAAAAAACUGCUUGGGUGACCAAAGUUUACUUUAUUUGUGCACCAAAGCUUUUACUUUUAUGGGGGAAUUAAAAGGAUGAAUCUCAUUUCAUUGUUGCAAUACAUUUAAAUGUUCAACUAGAAUUUCAAUUCAUGGAGUGUGUAUUUUGCAAGAUAUCUGUAAAAAUGAUGGGUAAAAUGUAUAGGUAUUAAUGUAGUUGAAGUUGUUUGUCUUUUUGUUUGUGUGUUUUUAAUUAUUGGAUGGUUUUAAAUAAAAUAAUAAAUAAAUCUA